GCCCGGGUCCCAGGGUAAUGGCAGUUAGCUCCAGACAGACAUGGCAGUCUGUGGAUGCCAGGUGCCCCGGCUGAAGCGGCAUGCAGCGUGAGGGGCUGCGGGCUGCUGUGUAAGAGAAGAGGCGUGAAGCAGAGCACAGUCCACCGGCUGCCAAGAUGAAUUCCUCAUUUAACCCGCAUUUCUUGGAUCUCAACCUGAACAUGACAGAGGGCAACCUCUCCGGAGCCGGUGUGAAGAACGUGACUUCUCCGUGUGAGGACAUGGGCAUCGCCGUGGAGGUAUUUCUGACUCUGGGUCUCAUCAGCCUCUUGGAGAACAUCUUGGUCAUCGGUGCCAUUGUGAAGAACAAGAAUUUGCACUCCCCCAUGUACUUCUUCGUGUGCAGUCUAGCCGUAGCGGACAUGCUGGUGAGCAUGUCCAAUGCCUGGGAGACCAUCACCAUAUACUUAAUCAAUAAUAAGCACGUGGUGAUAGCGGACGCCUUUGUGCGUCACAUAGACAACGUCUUCGACUCUAUGAUCUGCAUCUCGGUGGUGGCGUCCAUGUGCAGCUUGCUGGCCAUUGCAGUGGAUCGCUACGUCACCAUUUUCUACGCCCUGCGCUACCACCACAUCAUGACAGUGAAGCGCUCGGGGCUGGUGAUCGCAUGCAUCUGGACCUUCUGCACAGGCUGUGGCAUCGUCUUCAUUCUUUACUAUGACUCCAAAUAUGUCGUCAUUUGCCUCAUCUCCAUGUUCUUCACCAUGCUGUUCCUCAUGGUGUCUCUGUAUAUACACAUGUUUCUGCUGGCGCGGGCUCACGUCAAGCGGAUCGCCGCCCUGCCGGGGUGCAGUUCUGUGCAGCAAAGGACAAGCAUGAAAGGCGCGGUCACCCUCACCAUGCUGCUCGGUGUGUUCAUCGUGUGCUGGGCUCCCUUCUUCCUGCAUCUCAUUCUCAUGAUUUCCUGUCCUCAGAACAUCUACUGCUCUUGCUUUAUGUCUCACUUCAACAUGUACCUCAUACUCAUCAUGUGCAACUCUGUGAUUGAUCCCCUAAUAUACGCUUUCCGCAGCCAAGAGAUGCGGAAGACUUUUAAGGAGAUCAUUUGUUGCCAUGGCUUCAAGAUACCUUGUAGGUUCCCCAGGAGGUAUUAAACCCGAACUACUUCUCUUUGCAGGUGUCUUCUUGCCUUUGUUUCCAUGAUGACAGUGAGGGAGAGUCAAGAGAUCAGCAACAAAACUGACCACUAAAACUAGGUGUUCUCCCACUCAUUUUUCCACCUCAAGAUUGUGUGCAAACAGAACUGCCUCCCCCUUCCCAUUUUCCCCACCUUUGUGGAAAGCUGUUGGGUCAGACCAUCACUAUUGGAAAUAGUUUCUGGUGAUUUCUUGCUGUGCUGUUUUCAUUCUAGCUAUCCCCCCUAUUCUCACCCAUUUCUGGCGGUCCCGUUCAUUCUGCAUCUAGUACAUGUGAGUUCAAUCUGGGUGCAGGUUUGAGCAUGACCAAAAACUGACUGUAACCCAAAGAAAAACUGUGAAUUUCUAUAUUAUGUCUUAUGUUUUCCUCACCCUGAAAGCAGUUUCAUAACUAAGAUGCUUCUGGACAUUAUGCAUAAUUCUCGGGAUGUGGGUAGAGUUGGUUACAUUC